AUGGGUGCUUGUGUUUCUUCUUCGUACUUGGGCCAUCAUGAAUCUCAUGAGCAGCUUCGUCCCAAGACCGCCAAAGUUAUUUCAAUUCAUGGUGAUCUUCGCGAAUACUAUCUUCCUGCCUUCGUUUCUCAAGUUCUUCGGUCUGAAAUUGCGUCCUCAUCUUCCUCUUCUUCAUCGUCCUCAUCUUGGUUCCUCUGCAACUCCGACCAUCUUUCAUACGAUGAAUACGUUCCUGUCUUGGCUUCGGACGUCCCUCUCCAUGCCGAUGAGAUAUAUUUUGUGCUUCCUCAUUCAAAGCUUCAUCGCAGGCUAGCCUCUUCAGAUAUGGCAGCUUUGGCUGUCAAAGCUAGCUUGGCCCUUCAAAACUCCUCUAAGAAAGGUGGUUCCCGUCGCGGCAAGAAGGCCCGGAUUUCUCCUGUAUUGUUGGUCAGUCCUGAUCAUGACCAUCAGCAACAUAAUGUUAUCUAUCAGAAACGAAAACAUGAGCCACAGGUGCAGCGGGCAGCUGAUUCCGUUGCCAUUGGGUUUUCCAGAUCCGGUUCUGAUAGAAGUUUUAAGAAAUAUACUUCCAGACGAGCCAAAUUGGCUGUUCGUUCUUUUAAGCUCAGAUUAACCACCAUUUAUGAAGGGAUCGCUCUUAAUUAA